GAAGUGAUUGAAGCCGUGAUCAUCGAUAAUCAAAGGGAAUCGAACAAGACACUCAAUUUGAAUGUCGAUGCCUUCUCGAAGAUGAAAAGAUUGAGAUUGCUCAAAGUUCUUUGCCUCUCAAAUUGUGAUGGUCUCAAAUAUCUUUCUAAUGAGCUACGGAUUUUAGAUUGGAAAGGAUGUCCUUUAAGAUCUCUGCUCUAUGGCUUUCAACCGGACAACCUUGUUGCACUUCUGUUACAAUACAGUCACGUUAAACAACUAUGGAAGGGAACCAGACCCUUGUACAAGCUGAAAGUGUUAAACCUCGGAGGGUCCCCGAACCUGAUCAAGACUCCGGACUUCACAAUGGCCCCAGAUCUUGAAGUUCUGAUCCUGGAAGGUUGUACAAAUAUAGUUGAUGUUCAUCCAUCCAUAGCAGAGCUUAAGAGGCUUCAAAAUUUGAAUUUGAGAGGCUGCAAAAGUCUUAGGAAUCUUCCAACCAAAAUUGGAAUGGAAUCUCUUCAUACAUUCAUUCUUUCGGGCUGCUCAAAUCUUCUUUGGUUUCCAGAGAUUGAUUGCAAAAUGGAUUGUCUAAAAACUCUUGAUAUUUCCGGAUGUUAUAGAGUUGGAAUUUUGCCUGAGAGUUUGCAGCAAACAGAGUUUUUGGAAGAGCUUGAUUUGAGUGAAACGACCAUAACAAAACCACCGUCCUGCAUUUUUCGACUUAAAAAUCUUAAAGUUUUGUCUUUCAACGGCCGCAAGGGAUCUUCAUCUAAGUUUCUAAAAAAUCUGCCUUCUCUCUUCAAAAAAUUCCUAAGAGGAAAGACGAAUUCAAUGGCUCUGUUGUUGCCUUCGUUGUCGGGUUUGAGUUCAUUGACAGAGCUGAAAGUAAGGGACUGUAAUCUUUGUGAAGGAGAUAUUCCUAUUGAUAUUUCUUGUCUAUCCUCUUUGGUAAUGCUCGAUCUCAGCAGUAACAAUUUCAUCAGCCUACCUGAUUCUCUUACUUGACUUUCCAAGCUUGAAUAUCUUGGAUUGAUGAACUGCCAGGGGCUGAAAUCGUUGCCUGAGCUUUCAACAAGUACAGUAACUGUGAGCAUAAAUGAUUGUGCUUCUCUAGAACUAAUUGCUAAUCCAUCAAAAGUAUGCAAUUCAAGGGAUUUGGUGCGUGUUAUAGGUACCAACUGCUACAGAUUGGCUGAGAACGUCAAUGCAUUAACGUUGCUGAAAAAACAUAUUAAGGUAUUUGCAAAUUCAAGAAAAUUGUUCAAUGUUAUUAUACCUGGAAGUGAAAUCCCAAAAUGGUUUAGCCAUCAAAGAGU